AUGAUGCAAUCAUCACAAACUAGUGAUGAUUUAUAUCAAGAAGAUAAUGAAUAUAACAAACAUAAACCAGUCAAACAUGUUCGAAGCCAUGAUAUUGAUGAUCAAAAGCAUCAACGACAACAAAAGCAACGGCAACAGUCACCAUUUAGAAGUCACAGUGUAAUGUCAUCUAGUUUUAGACAUUCUAUACGCAAUCUAACUUCAUGCACUUUAAUAAGCCUCGCUCGACAUCAACUAUUUGAUUCGUCAGGUAUUACAACAAUAACACGCCAUCGUACAAAAAGAAAAACAGGAAGACGAACAUUUAAAACUCGAUUAUAUUUUUAUAAACGAAAAUCCAGUCGCACACCAGAUAUUGGUGGUCACAACUUAUCAAAGACUGAAGCAACUUCUGUUGUCGAAGAUGAUCAUCAACAGUCACCAAAAGCUCUUCUAAUACCAACAAGAUCUUUUUCAUCAUCACCAUCAAGUAAGAAAUAUAAAAGUCGCACUGAAUUAUCAACACAAUCGACCGGUGAUAAUACUCCAUCAAGUGUUAAAACACGUAAAUCAUCUAAUGAAAAGAAAAGUAUUGAAAUACCAUCAACAAUAUUAAAUACAUCGGCAUUGAAUUCGUCAUCACAAAUAAAAUCAACUACAAAAGACGAUAUAUUAUUGCCUAAUUCACGUAUAUUAUCCAGUAAAGAGAUUAGUACAAGUCUAGUUAAUCUUAUGGGUACUGCAUCCGAUGCAGUCCCUAUCAAUAAUACAACACAAAUGCCAACUCAUGAAACUAGAGGAUAUUUUGGGUCACCUAAUGUCGGUUCACCUGGUAUGGUUGAAUCACCAUCAACACAAAGAACAGUUUGUACGGGAAAUAGUCAUUUUGGUAAUUCUACAUCAAAUUUAUAUACAAAACCAACAAAUCAAUAUACUUGGUGUUAUGAAAGUUCUGCUUCAAUUCCGACAAAUAGUGGAACUAGCUUUGAUGAAUGUUUACCUAAGCUUGAAAUUGAUGAUAAACCAUUAAUCUAUCGUGAACAAUUUGAACCAACAGAACAUUUCAAUUGGUAUGGUUGUAGUGAUAUUUAUGGACCUGUUAUUAUUUCAUUCAAAUAUUCAAAUGAUCAGGAUCAACAACGAUACGUUAUGGCUAUUGUUCGAACUCGACAGCGAACUUCGAUUGAAUCAAUAUUAGAUAUACCAUCAUCAAUCUCUUCUAUAGAUAUUUUACGACGAAUAUGUGAUCAAUGUGCCAUCAACGAUAUUGAAUAUUUCGAUCCGGUGCUUUGUGAUGGAGCACAUGAUUUGCUGAUAAAAUACGAUGAAUCAUAUGUAUCUAAUAGACAUAAAUUCGGUAUUAUAUAUCAACGUGCAAAUCAGCUUACUGAAGAAGAUAUCUUUAGUAAUGAAACACAUAGUAUUGCUAUGGAUAAAUUUCUUGAUUUUAUUGGUACUCAUGUUAAACUAAAAGAUUUCCAAGGAUUUCGUGGUGGUCUGGAUGUUAAGUCUGAUCAUACAGGAAUCGAAUCAAUUUAUGAACAAUUCAAUAAUCAUGAAAUAAUGUUUCAUGUUAGUACAUUAUUACCAUAUUCAAAAACCGAACGACAACAACUUGAACGUAAACGUCAUAUUGGCAAUGAUAUUGUUGCUAUAGUCUUUCAAGAAACUGAAACAAUAUUUGAUCCAGAAUGUAUUGCUUCACAGUUUUUACAUGUUUAUCUUGUUAUAACACCAUUAGAUAAUGAUGGCACACGUUUUAAAGUAUCUGUUAUUCAUCGUGAUAGUGUACCAUUAUUUGGACCAUUUAUAAAUCAUUCAAAUUCAUUUCAUUGUGAUCAUACAUUUAAACAAUGGUUAUUAACAAAAUUAAUUAAUGCUGAAAUUGCUUCAUGUAAAGCAAGCACUUUUCAAAAGUAUCAAGAACGUACAAGAAUGAAUUUAUUCGAAAAUUUAUAUCGUACAUUACAUGAUAAUAAUCGCCCAUUUAUGAGUUUCAUUUUUAAUCAUAGUCAAUAUAAGCAUGAAUGUGAUAUUGAACAACAAAAAGAAGGUACACAAAUAUAUUCUUCCGCAAAAACAUAUGAUCGUCAUGCAGAUAAUUCUUUACUUGGUUCAGUAAGACGUCGUUUCAUUGCACCAAAAGUACGUACACAACAUUCAGUUACACCACCACCAACAACAAUUAUUGUUUCAACACCAUCAUCACAUAAUAUAAGUGAUUUGAAAUCAAAAACAAAUUUAGUGACAAUGGAAUUAAAACAAAGUGCAUCGAAAGAAUCAAUAACAAAUAAUAGUAAUAAUGGAAAAAUGUCUUCAAUCUUCUAUUCAUUAAAGAACCAAAGUCCUCAAAUGGAAAGAUCAAAUACUAAUCGUGUAUUAUUAGAAUCUGAAAAUGCUGAUUUAUCAUUAAGUCCUCGUUCAAAUUCAAAAUUUUUAUCACCAGCAACAUGUCCAUCUUCACCAUCUAAUUAUUUUAAUUACAAAUUAGAUUCAUAUUCAACUGCAUCACCAUUUAAUUUUAAUAAAUUAUCAAUAGAUGAAAUAGAUCAUCAUCAGUUAGUACUUGAUGAUCUACAAUCUUCAUCAAAAGAUGAUUUAAUUAAAUUUGUUUUUGCAUUACAACAACAACAUUCAACAAAGUUAGCCCAAAUAGAUGAAAAUCAUUCAAAAGCUUUGAAACAACUUGAAAUGCAGUUAGUACAACAACGAAAUAUUAUUGAUGGAGAGAGUUCAUAA